AGAAACCCAACUGCAAUUUUGGAGAAUGCUGUUAUCUGUGCUAUAGUGGAAAAUAUCCAGCAUGGUGGCCAUACAUCCCUCAGUAGAGCCAAAGAGUAUGUAAAGCUUGAAAGAGGGCAACUACUCAAAAUUCCUCGAUAUCUAGUGAUGAGGGGUAAAAAGCAUUUUCACCAUCUAGACGAGUAUGGAGUUGACUUGAUACUUGGCUGCAAUGGAUUUAUUUGGAUUGGGGAGCAUGAGGUAGAGGAUCAAGUGAAUGAGUCUUAUCCACAGAACACUCAUUCAGGAAGCUUACUGAAUUCUGGUAAAAAAAAAACUUCUACACCACUGGAAAAAAGACAAUAUAUAUGCAGGAUAGCAAAUGCCAUUAGGGUAUUCUCUGCUUUUGGCUUCAUGGUUUCUGUAGAGGAUGUAAAGGAGACAGUUGACUUGAGAUUGUCUUUGGGAUACGGUGUAUAUGAGAUGCUUGGAGCAGAAUUCCAUUAUAAAGUUGCUGAUAAGAAGCUGUUACGAAAGAACUUCUUGAAAAAGAGGAGGAUAGUUUAG